AUGGUACUGUCAAGGAAAUUCAGAGGUGUCAGGCAACGCCAGUGGGGCUCUUGGGUGUCCGAAAUUCGCCACCCUUUACUGAAGAGAAGGGUAUGGCUAGGGACAUUUGAGACAGCUGAGGCAGCAGCAAGAGCAUAUGAUCAAGCAGCUAUAUUGAUGAAUGGACAAAAUGCCAAGACCAAUUUCCCAACAAGUCACCUUGAUCAAGACACAAAGCUUGGCAAAGAUAGCAACUCUCCCUUGCCUGCCAAGGCACUGAGUGAGCUUCUCAACUCAAAGCUGAGAAAGUGUUGUGGCAAAGGACCUUCUCCUUCACUCACCUGUCUAAGGCUCGACAAUGAUAACUCCCAUAUUGGCGUGUGGCAAAAGAAGGCUGGUUCUCGUUCAAGCUCAAGUUGGGUCAUGAGGGUUGAGCUUGGAAAUAACAAUAAGAAGAGUACACAAGUUAUGGAGGAAGGACCUUCAUUGUCAUCAGAGUCGUCACCAACAGUUGAGAUUGGACCUGAAAAUGGUACGGAAGAGGAGGAUCAAAUUACUAUGCAAAUGAUAGAAGAGCUGCUUAAUUGGAAUUGA